AUGACGGCUACCGUCCACCGUCACCGGCCUACAUUAAAACAGCAAAACAAGCCGUUCAAGUCAAAACAUGCUACAAAGAGUUCUUUGAAGGAGGCCGCCAAAGGUCGCUCUAGUGGGCAGUCACCAAAAGCCGCGCCUACCUCGAAUGCAGCAGCACAGUCGCGACUGAACAGACGUAACAACUCGAAACAAGCACAGGUCAAGAAGCGUCAAGCUCUCAUCUCUGCUACUCGUAUAUUCAGCGGCGUGGAUGGCGCACCGCGGAUAGUCGCUGUCGUCCCUCUGACCGAGGACGUUUCGUCGCGAGCAGUAGCGUCUGCGAUCUCGAGAUCGCUAGACGAAGCGAUCGAGGUGCCAUCAGAGGGUCCGUGGAAGGUCAGAGCAGAACGCUUCAAGACCUCGCUCCAGCUGAUUCCCCUCCCCUUCAAACGCUUGUACGCAACGCUUGACGCCUGCAAAGCCGCCGACUACGUCGUCUUCGUGCUUUCCUCCGACGUCGAGGUCGAUGUUUGGGGCGAUACUCUACUGCGCACGCUGCAGGCGCAGGGUCUCCCAGAGGUCGUCACCAUCGUCUCUGCAGAGUCUCCUAUGGACCCUAAGGAGAAGUCUGGUAUCCUCAAGUCGCUCCUGUCGUUCAUGCAAUACUUCGUGCCGAGCCAAACGCGGGUGUUCGACGUUCACUCAACCUCGGAUGUCCUGAACACCGCCCGGGCGCUCUGUGAAGGGAAGCCUGGGGAUGUGAAGUGGAGGGAGGGUCGAACGUGGAUACUGGGCGAGAAGGUCGAGUGGCAGGACGGCUCGUUGGCCGUGACCGGGGUGGUCAGGGGUGCAGCGUUGUCUGCAGACCGCCUCGUCCACCUGCCAAACUUCGGAGACUACCAGAUCUCACAAAUCACGUCCGCUCCUCUCCACCGGGUGUCGAGGUCUGGGAAUGUAGAUGGUAUGGACGUCGAAUCUGUCGUUCUUGCGGAGCCGAGCACGUCCGACGCGGAUUCCCUGGUCUCAAGUAAUGACCCUGACGACAUGGCCAACGAGCAGACAUGGCCGACAGAAGAGGAGAUGAAUGACGCACAAAACGGCGAGGACCCAUCGCACGCUAUCCCCGACGCACAAGACGGCACGACGCCAAAGCGCGUGCGGAAGAAACCCAAGGGUAUGAGCGAGUACCAAGCAGCGUGGAUCGUUGACGAGAGCGACGAGGAAGACGGCGGGGACGAGGAGGAACACGAGGGCGAGGAUCAGGGCGAGGUGGAAAUGCAGGACGUGGAUGAGGAGGAGAUGGUUGAGUUGAAAGAGGAGGACAACGACUUGGAAACGGACGGUCGAAGGAGCGUCGCGUUCCAGGAUCUGGACAUGGAGGAAGAGGAUCGACAACUCCAGUCAUGGAGAAACCGAAAACGAGAAGAGGAGGAUGAUCUCGCGUUCCCCGAUGAGAUCGAUACACCUCUCGAUGUCCCUGCGCACACGCGAUUCCAACGGUACCGCGGGCUGCGAUCUUUCCGGACAAGCCCUUGGGACCCGUACGAGAAUCUGCCCAGGGACUACGCACGUAUAUUCCAGUUUGAGGACUACAAGCGCACCGAGCGGGCGGUGAAGAAGCGUGCAGAACAAAACGCUGUGGCAGUGGAGCCGGGGACUCGCGUUACCGUCUACCUCAAGGACGUCCCGCAGGAGGCAUCGCAACACGAUCUGAACACUCCUUUUGUGAUUUUCGGUCUGAUGCAGCAUGAGCACAAGAAGACAGUUCUUAACUUCACUGUCCAGCGCAACACGGAGUAUGAUGGCUCUAUCCGUUCCAAGGAUGCCCUGAUUCUGUGCGUGGGCCCGCGGAGACUUCGGGUCAAUCCAGUUUACAGCCAACAUACCCGUGGAGGAGGCAAGGGCGUGAACAACGUGCACAAGUUUGAGCGCUAUCUCCGCCAUGGAGUCACCAAUGUCGCAACUACAUAUGGACCGGUAGUCUUCGGCAAGCAGCCUUGCGUGUUGCUCAAGGAGACCGAAGAUCCACAGGCCCCUGCGCUAGUAGCAAUGGGAAGCUUCCUCAACCCUGAUACGACGCGCGUCAUCGCAAAGCGCGUCAUUCUAACGGGACAUCCGUUCAAGGUCCACAAGAAAACCGCUACUGUCCGAUACAUGUUCUUCAACCACAACGAUGUCAACUACUUCAAGCCCAUCCAGCUGUACACUAAGUACGGGCGAACAGGACACAUUCGCGAGUCUCUUGGUACGCAUGGAUACUUCAAGGCGCACUUCGAUGGGCCCAUCAACCAGAUGGACACCAUUUGCAUGUCAUUGUACAAACGCGUGUACCCAAAAUGGAGUGAGACGUGGACAGGAGCGUCCACCGCACCCGUUUCCGACGCAAUGGAGGAGUAGCCAAGUCUCCUCUCAUGUUUUCAAUUGAUGUUCAGUAGAGUCCCAUGCCCUGUGUACACAAUGUUACACCAGAGUUGUAUCAUAUAUCCAGGGU